CCGAUUUUGGUUAAAAUAUUCAAAAUGGCGGACGGAGGAGCAGCGAGUCAAGAUGAGAGUUCGGCGGCGGCGGUGGCGGCAGCGGCAGACUCAAGAAUGAACAAUCCGUCAGAAACCAGUAAACCAUCCAUGGAGAGUGGGGAUGGGAACACAGGCACACAAACAAAUGGCCUGGACUUUCAAAAGCAGCCUGUGCCUGUUGGAGGACCAAUCUCUACAGCCCAGGCCCAGGCCUUCCUUGGGCACCUUCAUCAGGUCCAGCUCGCUGGAACAAGUUUACAGGCUGCUGCUCAGUCCUUAAAUGUACAGUCUAAAUCUAAUGAAGAAUCUGGGGACUCUCAGCAGCCAAGCCAGCCUUCCCAGCAGCCUUCAGUGCAGGCGGCCAUACCCCAGACCCAGCUCAUGCUGGCCGGAGGACAGAUCACUGGGCUCACGUUGACGCCAGCCCAGCAACAGUUAUUGCUACAACAGGCGCAGGCACAGUUGCUGGCAGCUGCAGUGCAGCAUUCAGCCAGUCAGCAGCACAGCGCUGCUGGUGCCACCAUCUCGGCCUCUGCUGCAACGCCGAUGACGCAGAUCCCUCUAUCUCAGCCAAUACAGAUUGCACAGGAUUUGCAGCACUUGCAGCAGCUUCAGCAGCAGAAUCUCAACCUGCAACAGUUUGUGUUGGUGCAUCCAACAACCAACUUGCAGCCAGCACAGUUCAUCAUCUCACAAACACCGCAGGGGCAGCAGGGUCUCCUGCAAGCGCAGAAUCUCUUAACGCAACUACCUCAGCAAAGCCAAGCCAACCUCCUGCAGUCUCAGCCAAGCAUCACCCUUGCCUCGCAGCCAGCAACCCCAACACGCACAAUAGCAGCGACCCCCAUUCAGCCACUUCCACAGAGCCAGUCAACACCAAAGCGAAUUGACACUCCCAACUUGGAGGAGCCCAGUGACCUUGAGGAGCUUGAGCAGUUUGCCAAGGCCUUCAAACAAAGACGCAUCAAACUUGGAUUCACUCAGGGUGAUGUUGGGCUCGCUAUGGGCAAACUCUAUGGAAAUGACUUCAGCCAAACUACCAUCUCUCGCUUUGAAGCCUUGAACCUCAGCUUUAAGAACAUGUGCAAGUUAAAGCCACUUCUGGAAAAGUGGCUCAAUGAUGCAGAAAACCUCUCAUCUGAUUCAACUCUCUCCAGCCCAAGUGCCCUGAAUUCUCCAGGGCUGGGGAUUGAAGGCUUGAACCGUAGGAGGAAGAAACGCACCAGCAUAGAGACCAACAUACGUGUGGCCUUAGAGAAGAGUUUCCUGGAGAACCAGAAGCCUACCUCGGAUGAGAUCACCAUGAUAGCUGACCAGCUGAACAUGGAGAAGGAGGUGAUCCGCGUUUGGUUCUGUAACCGGCGCCAGAAGGAGAAAAGGAUCAACCCGCCCAGCAGUGGUGGAACCAGCAGCUCGCCCAUCAAAGCAAUUUUCCCCUGCCCAACCUCAUUGGUGGCAACCACACCAAGCCUUGUGACUAGCAGUGCAGCUACGACCCUGACUGUCAAUCCUGUGCUCCCUCUGACCAGUCCUGCUGUAACUAGUCUGUCAGUCACAGGCACAACAGAAACCACCUCCAACAACACAGCAACAGUGAUUUCAACAGCACCUCCAGCUUCUUCAGCAGUGACAUCACCCUCUCUGAGUCCUUCCCCUUCUGCCUCAGCCUCCGCUUCAGAGGCAUCCAGUGCCAGUGAGACCAGCACAACACAGACAACCUCCACUCCCUUGUCCUCCCCUCUUGGGACUAGCCAGGUGAUGGUAACGGCAUCAGGGUUGCAAACAGCGGCAGCAGCUGCAUUACAAGGAGCUGCACAGUUGCCUGGAAAUGCAAGCCUUGCUGCCAUGGCUGCCGCAGCAGGACUAAACCCAGGCUUGAUGGCAUCCUCACAGUUUGCAGCUGGAGGUGCCUUACUCAGUCUCAAUCCAGGGACAUUAGGUGGUGCUCUCAGCCCAGCCCUGAUGAGCAACAGUACACUGGCAACUAUUCAAGCUCUUGCAUCUGGUGGCUCUCUUCCAAUAACAUCACUGGAUGCAACUGGAAACUUGGUGUUUGCCAAUGCUGGAGGUACUCCUAACAUCGUAACUGCCCCUCUUUUCCUGAACCCUCAGAACCUUUCUCUGCUCACCAGCAACCCGGUUAGCUUGGUCUCUGCAGCUGCAGCCUCCGCAGGGGCCUCUGGACCAGUCGCCAGCCUUCAUGCCACCUCCACCUCAUCUGAGUCCAUCCAGAACUCUCUCCUCACAGUGGCUUCUGCGAGUGGGGCCACGUCCACCACCACUACUGCCUCCAAGGCACAGUGAGCCGGGCUGAGCUGUGCUGCCAGCAGCCUGUUUCACUGUGCGGUGGGAUUGGCUGCCAGCGGGGUUUAUAAACUGCAAAUGUGAUGGGCAUCCUCUCACCGUGUUGCUGGGGACAAGGGAGACAAGGAAAAACAUGAAAAAACGAAAGCAAACAGGAAGGAUUUAAAGCUGGGACAGACAUUUGCCUAAUUUUAUAGUAAACACUGUCUUUUCAGGAUCGCUUCAUGGAUCGGAGAACUUUCUAACCAAAAAUGUAAAAAAAAAACCAAAAACAACAACAAAAAAACAACAAAAAAACAAAACGAAAACAACAACAAAAAAACCAAACAAACAAAACCACAGAGAAAAAAAAAAAGGAAAAAAAAAAAGAAAAGAAAGAAAACAAACAGAAAAAAAGUUGAAAGGACUACUUAUCAUUUCCAGCAGUCACAAUGACAAGUUAAGGUGGGUUAUCAAGACAAACAUAGGAAGGGGAUUUCUUCUUUCGUUUGGUCUAAAUAUCUUUCUUUUUAAUUAUCAUUUUAUGGGUCUGUUGUACAGGCCAUUAUGUCAUACAAGGUGUUUAUAAUCUUAUCAAUCAUGUCGGGGGUUCCUUUCUUAACUGGUACAAUUUAGGCAGGCCUGUAUUACUGGUGUAUCUCUAUUAUUAUUAUUAUGAUUAUUAUUAUUAUUAUUUUUAUAUAUAUAGUUUGGACGCAUUUGUCUUUGCUCCUGGAUUAUUUUCAGUGAGCUCCCAUGCCAUAGGGGGAGGGUGGGAGGGUGGAGAGAAAGAAUGGAGCACAAAUAGACUUUCUGGGAACGUUCUGAACAGUUUCCUCAUCCUCGAGUUUGUCUAAUGGUUACUCUUAGGGUUCAUCGGGUGUGCAGGAAGCUCAGUGUGGCAGUAAAGAUCGUUGUGUGCAGCCCUCCAGGCUUGUCUAUGCUUUUUAAGCAGAGGUAGGAGUUAGUUCUGAGCUGUGGCUCUCCUGUUCUCCAUUCCUUAGGCAAGAUGGCCAGAUUGCGCUGCACACCUGGUGCGCACGAUUCCUUUGUACUUCAGAGAGUGGAAUCUGACCUCCCGAGUCGGGAUUGUGUGUCAUACAGAUGGCUCUUCUGUCGAUUGAUAUUUGCUGUUAGAGCACACACAAACAUUUCUGAGCUGUCAGGUUGCCCAUGCUAAUUGGCAGUAUGUAACGUGGCCUUUACAGUCCUGGAUUCCUGCCAGGUGAAUUGGUACAGGAUUAGCAAAGGUGAGAUUCUCCCUAUUCACACCAGUAUUCCUUUCCCCUCUAUUCUGAUGCUUCUGCCAUUUUAUCCAGAAGAAGAUACUGGUAAAAAAAGUGAUUCUGGCAGCAGAACAGGGAAGCCAGCAUACGAGGACAGAAGGUGCCACUGUUUAUGCCAACACAAUAGCACUGACUCGGGCUUCGCACGUACCUGGGUGAUCUCGUGUGGUCUCUGAGCUGCGAUGCUGCUAGCUCUGGGAAAGCAGCAGUAAGCAUCUCCGCGCAGAGUGGGAGGGCUUGCCUGCUACUGUAAUGACCUUGUCAAAGAUUACUUCUGCUCCACGUAGCAAAGGAUGUUUACACGGAUGAGGAAGAGUAGCGAACUGUACAGAAGUCUUAGAUUUGUAUAUUCUGAAAUAUACAAUUUAGUAUCUGAACCAAAAAAAGAGAUGCUUUUAAAAAGAGAAAACUGGAUCACUGCAAUGCAGUUCACUUUGAACUUCCCGUUCCCAAUGGAUUUAAAGGUUUCUGCCAUGUCUCUAAAAUUAAAUCACUUUCGUCUUGCAAGAGUAUUCAGCCAGUCCCCUUCCCUGCCCCACCCCCUUUCUUUUGUCACCAGAGUGUCCUGACAUAAUGAGCUGCUGCAGCUAUGUUCAUUUUGUUGAUGAUUCAGGGGGAUCCUGGAGUUUCCCGUCCAAGAUCCAUAAGGCAGCAACUUUAAACUCUACAUAUGCUUCGGUUUGUGACCUGAGCAUGUGGGAUUUACAUUUGCACUCAAGUGGCAGAACCUCUGAUCUCUCCCCUCAGCACCAUGUUUUUGCUCUGUUCAUCUCUUAAUUCCCCACCUUCCUGUUUUGCUGACUAUUGAAACCAGUCAUCCCUAAAACUUCCAACCUAGUGAACUGCGAGCAGGGAAGUGUAACAAAUGUCCGUCCACCUUUUCUAAUGACUUUUUGAGUUUUUUAUGUUUUAUUUUUUUAAAACUAAGCUUGAACCAAAGUCAAUUUCUAGCAAGCUGCUGUACUGAUGGACUAGUUUGUGUAAGUGCAGUUCAGAUGCAGAGAGGCGAUAGAUGCUACUGACAAUUUCUUUUUCAUUUGUCUUUUGUUUUUGUUAAUUUUAUAUAAAAGUUGCUGCUUGUUUUUAAA